AUGGCCGGCUCGGCGGAGAUGAGAAAAACCGGCACCGGCUCCAAGAAGGGCAGCGGAGGCGUCUCAAAGAGAAGGGUAAGUUUUUUGGAAUUUUCAAAUAAUAUAGCCUCUGGAUCUUCCUUUAAAAAUGAUUUUUAAAUUCUUAAAAGAGCAUACAGCGAGGGACCGGAUCCAGUGGCAAAAAACGUCUCAUUUUGCAUCCAGGAAGGGACCAAAAUGUCGCCAAACCCUUCCCUUCUCUAGCUAAAAAAACUCUGGUUUAAAAAGCGCGCCCUUACCUUCAAGAAGGGAGCAAAACGAGGCGUUUUUUGCCACUGGAUCCGGUCCCUCACUGUAGAAAAAAGUUUGAACUAACAAGGGAAGUACCCCAAGUGCAAUGACCCGAUUUUCUUUAGAUUUUGCCCACAUGUCAGGCAUGAACUAAAUAUCAAUUCCAAAAAGUUUUAGCUCGCGCUUUGCAAGCGCCGCCGAGAUAUCAAACGAUUUUUGCCGCCGAGAGAGACUGCUAACCGCGGAGAGCGGUCAGAGAGAAAAGCACUUUUUGGCCAUAACUUUGCUAGUUUUGUGCGGAAAAAAUUGAUUUUUUUGUGGAAAGAUUACCCUCUAUGGUAGAAAUAGGCAUGAAACUUUUCGUGCCAAAAUUCAGGAAAAAGUCUCACAUUUUUUCCGACUUUCGGUCUAAAAAUCUCGGUUGUUUCUGCAAAGCGCGAGCUAGGAUCCUCGCAUAUUUUUCGAAGAAAUGAUUCUAAAAUUGAGCCAAGUUUCAUCAAAAUCUGAGCGUCGCACUUGGGGUACUUUCCCUGUAAGAUUCAUGUCAAUUUUAUAUUACUUUAGGGUCCAAGACCAGUGCCCGAAAAGCAAAGUAAGGGUCCUCCUAUGGCUAAUAGCAGGAAAAUAAGGCCCGAUCGGAGGAGUGGCACCAAAACCGAGAAGACUUGUAAGGUAGGCUGAGAUGUUCAAAAUUGAUUUUUAUCGAAUAUAUUGCCUAUUUUAUACAUAUACAUACAUAUAUUUAAUCAUCAUUUUUUAGACCGAAGAUGAGGCUGGAAAGGAAAAAGAGAAAGAUAAGAAAAAGAAGGAGAGUGAAGAGGCGAAGGAUACGAAGGAAACGAAAGAUGCGAAGGAUUCCAAAGAUAUCAAAGAGCUCAAGGAGGACAAAGAAGCCAGAGAUCAGAAAGGGCCCGGAAAAGAUUUCAAGACCUCUGGAAAAGAUUUUAAGACCUCUGGAAAGGAUUUCAAAGACAAGCCAUCCCGCAAGGACCCUAAACUCACAAAGCCUUAUAAGAAAACUAAAAGGCCCAAGGAUAACAACGAUAAGCCCAAGACCGAUGGUGCGGUCACCGCUCAUUGCACUUGCCCUUCCAGCACCUCCUGUACUUGCGGAAGUCAAACGGCUUCUGAUGCAUCCGCUGGGAAGUUGAAGAAGAGCGAAGUCCCGCAAACCCCGCCGCUUCCAAUGGCGUAGGUUUGAGGGUUGGUUACAGUGACGGACCUGACCCAGUGGCAAAAAACGUACCAUUUUGCAUUCGGAAGGUAUCAAAAAUGUGGCAAAAUGCCUCCUUCUAUAACUAAAAACCCAUAGAAAUCAGUUUUUCCACUUGAAGAGGGAGCUAUUUUGCAACAUUUUUGAUGCUUCCCGGAUGCUAAAAAGUACAUUUUUUGCCACUGGAUCAAAUCCGUCACUGUAUAUUGUAGUAGGUAUCGGAUGGGAAAAAUCUUUAAAAAAAAGUUAGGAUAUGAGCUCAAGGUGUUUUCUAAAGGCUAAAUGGGAUAUUCUGAGGAGAAUCAGAAGAAAAAAAAAUCAAAAUUUAGGAUAUAUCACCUUAUGUUAGACUAGAUAUCAAUUGACAUCUAAAGGCGAAUAUAUCCCCAAAUUUUUGUCGUAGCCGUCCAAAACGGAAGAAAAUUGCUUGUCAGGCCAUUUAAAGUAUAAUGAUGACAUUUCCAUUUCAGCGACGAUGACAUGGCGCCCACUGAAUACGAAUCGGUCGAAAACUCACGUCCAUUCGUUUCGUCUGUCCCGAAGCGGAAAAUCAGCUUCAGCGAGGAGGACGAAUUCCAGAAACAGUUACAGGAGGCCUAUGACAACGAGAAAACGGCCCGGGAACCUUCAGAAAGCGAAAAGCCGCCAGCCAUUUCCUGCUAUUUCAAUGUCUACCCUGCCUAUGGACUUUGA